UUGGGUUAUCUAUGGUUAUAUACAGAUAAAAAACUUUAAAAUCUUUCAUGAGGUAUGAGCAUUUCUUAUGAUAAAAAACUCCCUUCUCACUUCUCUUGUUACCAAACCUUCAGACAGUGGGUAUAAUACUGGGUUACAUGGGAGAAAUAUUAGUUUCUCAGUAGUUUUAAUAAAGGUGGAAAUUAGGUUCAUUGUAAUGUGAAGAAGUUUGUAUUUGGUUAAAUUUAUUUGUUUCUUAUCAAUACUGUUUUUUUUCAGGGUCCUUCUAUUCUUGGAUUUUCCUUUUUUCUUUUCACCUUUAUUUUUUCAGUAACUAUUACUUGAAGCUUAUCUAGUCACUCAACUAUUCUGUAAGCUAUUCUUAGUGUUGGUGCCACCUACAAACUUCCUGAAUUUAAACAAAGGAGGUAAAGAAACUCUCUUCCCUCCCCUCACCCCGGCUUUUAUUCAUGACCCAGAAACUUAUUUUUCCUUUGUUUUUAGGUAGUCUAGAAGGCCUUGAGGAACAUCAGUCUUCUCUCGUGCAACAGUUACCAUGGUGUUUGCUUGCAAUGACUCCUCCCUGUUGUGAGAAGAAUUUCUUUAGAGCAACUGAACACUGAGUCAUAGUUUGAAAAUCAAAAGUCAUAGCAGCUCUCUCCAUAGCAACUGAAAACUUUUCAAGGCAGCAAUAAACUAAUCCUCUCCAGCUUCCAGAGCACCAUCAAGGAAUUUUAAAAACAUUGGACUUCCAGCAGCUAAAAUACUUCUAAGGAUUCAGAAGGCCACAAAGCUAGAUACACAAGCAUUCUUUUACCCUUCAGAAGAUUCCUCAGGUUUCAAGUUUAAGCUGUGAAGUGCAAACAACAAUCCAACAUUCAGUGCAGAUCACGCACUGCAGGAAAAGGAGAUGUGUUUUCUGACCAAGCACCCAGCUCUUGGGAUGGUAUGUUCCGCUUUCAUAUUCAGCGUGCUCAUUGCUGAAGGACAGCUUGGGGAAGAGCAUGGGCAGAAUGGCAGCUAUGCUCCCAGCCGAGGCUAUCUGAUGGAAGUUUUACGCGUUCUUUCAGCUGACAACACUGAGCUCCACAUGAACCAUUCACAAGAACUGGUCAAAAUAUUACUGGAGAGAACUGAGUGCCCACAGCGGAUUUAUGGCAUGCAAGAGGAUUGUAAUCUGUGCCUUGAACCAGAUGCUUUAUUACUAAUAGCUGGUGGAAAUUUAGAAGACUAUCUCAGUGAAGAAGUAUUUGAGAGAAUUUCUCUUAUUCUUCUCUACUACAUUCUUCAUCGUAGAGAUGCAUGCUCUUCAGAACUCAGCUUGAAUAAUAAGGAUUAUAAGUUUUACCUACAGAGUAUGCUUAAUUUAAGACAUGAUGAAGACUGUUAUUAUUUUUCACGGAAUGAAACUGAAGAUAUUUUGGCUGCAGUAAGGCAACAUUUUAAAACUUCUGAAACCAAGUGUGUUGAUGUGAGUACUCUGGAGAAAAAUGCUGAUAUAAUGGACAAAGAUGGUGCUGAUGAAAACACUCUUCCACGCCUUGCUGCUUUAAUCAUUACUCUGGCUCUCCAAGGAGUCUGUAUGGGGAAAGCAACUUUGCCAUCCCCAGAGUUCUUUGUAAAAUAUAUUUUCAGUUCUCUAAACAGUACCACUGAACUCCGAGUGACAGAACUGGAACAACUACUAAAUGUGCUUGCAGCCAAAAAGACCUGCACUGUAAAUGGACAAUUUGACAGUCACAAAAGAAGACAUUAUAGUACAGCAAUCAGAGAUAUUGGAGUCAGAAAUAUUCCAGUCAAAGGAAAUCAUACAAAAGGAGAAUAUCUGAAAGGUUAUUCUGAAGAUCAUGAAAGGAACACAGAUUGGGACCAGGUUUGUUUCUCUGCCAAUGAACUGGUGAAGAUUUUUUUAAGAAACAGUUCUUCCUCCAUUUCUGAGGACCACUUCAAGCAAAUCAGUCCAGCUAUCAUUCAGCAGCUAUUAAGUUGUUCAUGUCAGCUUCCUGACUCCAAGAAGACAAAGCUUCCACCAACAACUCUGGAAAAAUAUGGUUACAGCACUCUUGCUGUUUUACUUAUUACUAUUGGAUCUAUGUUUGGUACAACCCUCAUUUUAUUUAACUCCUGCCAAGAAAUCUAUACACUCAUUUUACAGCUGUUUGUCGGUUUGGCUGUUGGGACUCUUUCUGGAGAUGCAUUGCUACACCUUAUUCCUCAGACUCUUGGUUUACACAAACAUGAAGCACAAGAGGUAGAACAUUUCUAUGAGGGGAAAGAAUAUAUUUGGAAACUUUUGGGAAUGAUUGGAGGAAUUCAUGGAUUUUUUCUGAUAGAAAAGUGUUUCUUUCUUCUGGUAACACCCCGUGACCAGAGAAGCCCAGAAGAUUCUGAGUCUGCUGAAGAUACUCCACAGAGUAAGGCCAUCAGCAAAAAAAGUAAGAAAAUUAGCUUGUUAGCAAUAAUGGUUCUGGUGGGUGAUAGUCUUCACAAUUUUGCUGAUGGCUUGGUAAUAGGAGCAGCAUUCUCAUCCUCAACAGAAGCAGGUGUAACAACAACGAUUGCUAUUUUAUGCCAUGAAAUUCCUCAUGAAAUGGGUGACUUUGCUGUGCUGCUAAGUACAGGGAUCCCCACAAAGAUUGCAAUUAUGAUGAAUUUCAUAAGCGCACUAACAGCAUUCUUAGGACUUUAUAUUGGCCUUUCUGUAUCAGCUGAACCAUGCAUUCAAAACUGGAUUUUUACUGUUACAGCCGGAAUGUUCUUGUAUUUAUCUUUAGCAGAAAUGCUUCCUGAAAUGACUCAUAUUCAGACACGGCGACCCUGGUUGAUGUUUCUCCUACAGAACCUUGGAUUACUAUUAGGCUGGCUUUGCCUCUUACUUUUGGCUUUAUAUGAACAGAAAAUUAAAAUAUAAGUUUUCUGCUGAAAACCUUGAAGUACCACUUAUGACAGUGGAUAGCAUUAUUCACAAUCGUGUCAUGUCUGCUAUAGUGAUAUAUAAAUUGAGUCGCUGGGAUUUUAUAUCUGAAAAUAGAUAACUAUUUCAGUUUAUUAACUUAUUGUUCAAAUUUAGUUUUUUGGUUUUGUGUGUUUUUUUUUGUUGUUUGUUUGGGUUUUUUUUGUAAAAAUGAAUGUUUAGAAUUAUGUUUUAUUUGUUACUGAGUCUACCAGAUACAAUGCUCAAACUCACAGGAGCUUUUAAUUAGUUUUUAUUGAGACUAUUCUAGUUGAAUGCUCUAAGUGAUCUCUACCAGUCAGAUUUAAGAAUAAAACGUUUUUAUAUACAAUAAUUAAAGUGGACUAACCAUAGCUGAAUAAUUUGAAGCAGAAAUGUUUUCUGCCUCUUAGUACAAAAAUAAAUGUAUUUCUAUAAAACUAAAAAGUAUAGCAGAACUAAAUUCUUAAAUGGCAUACAGCAUCUGCUCUAUCUACUUUGUCACCAUAAAGAUCCUCAGUAGUCAUAUAUUACUGAUCCACUGUGGCAGGUAAAAAAUGACAAGAAUAAGUAUUGAAGUUUAUGAUCUAGAAAUCUGAGAAUGACCUUUUCUGACUUUAAUAUAGCUUCUCAUAUGUGUGAUGAAUCUGUGACAGUAAAGCAUUGGACUAUAGCAACUGUCAGAGUAACUGCCUUCUGCAUUAUCCCAGCUCUGAUGAUUGCUCAUAUCAAAUGCUUCUGAAGAAAUAUGUUAAUAAGAAAUAUGUUUAAAUUGUUUCUCCCUGAUAUUGCUUCCAGGCUUCUCAAAAUUAGGGAUUGCUUGAGCCAGAUGUUGUUUCUGAGCCUUCAUGUUUAAUAAACACCAACAGUGCCUUCCCGUCAGCAAUUAGCUUAUUCAUACAGAUGUGAAGUGCAUUUGUGGAAAGAGCAGAGCAUUUUCAAUUGUCUAAAGUGCCUGUAGCUGUGCUCUCUAAGGGCCUCACUGCAACUCUUUCUAUCCUGAGUGAUUUUUGUUCAAUUAGCCCUUUUGAUUUCAGGGGAAUUCUGCAUAAGUUGAUAUGACUCAUUUAAUUUAGUAUUGCAGAAUCAAACCUGAAAAAAAUAUACAAGUUCUGCCCUGAUUCUGAGGUGCUGAGCAACCUCCAGGAGGUACUGAGCAACACUCAGCUCUGCAAUUUCUGCUACUUACAUGCUAUCAGCUUUUUGGGUAAGAUCUCCCCACUACCUUAUUUGUAUUUUUGUAUGAGACCCAAGAUGUAUUCUUUCUCCCUCCUCUGAUUAACUGUGGAAUUAGGGAGAACAAGCUACAGAACAAACAUAUAUUCUUUAUGCAGCAAGUGGAUAUUUUCUUUUCCUUUCUUUAUCUCAAGCUUGAAAUAUGGCUACAUUAUGACUCAAUGACUGUCCCACCAUGUGUCCUGUUUAUUUGGCAGCUCCUACUGAAGGUACAAUUAUUCUCAUAUUACAGAGGGGAAUAGAGUCUACUGUCCUAGAGCAGACUGUCAGAACUGAUAGUUUUCAAAGGCUUCAUAGGCACCAUACUACUUUUUUCAAAAUACAAAGUGAAAAUAGAUCUGAACAUCAUUAGUUACAAUAGCCAAGAUUCAUGGGCUUGUGAACCCCUUAGUCAUCCGCAGACCCUUGGGUAAAACACUGAAGGAUCAUUUUAAAAGUAGACAGACACUCAUGUAAAGUGCCUGCUAGUUAUGAGAAUCUGUAGCAAAUACCCCAAUACACACCUAAAUGUACACCUAGGCAUAUACAUACCUUCAGAAACCUUGUCCCAGGCAAUUUAUCUAAGGUCACACAUGAAGUCUCUAUCUGACUAGGGAAAUGAUCUGAGCUGCUUUAAGCUCCAAAGGAAAUUCCUAGCUUGUUUUAUUUAGGUGUAGAAAUAUUAUGACUGCUUUUUCUGUUGAUUUAACUCUGAAAGAUGAGCUGAGAAGCUAUGACUGAUGCUUCUCUUUUCAAAGUUUACAUUUUUCAGGAGUUUGUGCUUGCUUUUAAUAAGGUAAGAUUUUCAUUUUUUUUUUUAAGUGGUUCCCAGUAUUUCAUCUGUUUUUAUGGGCACCGAGUCACUCCAUGACUUUCAGCUGUGACAGUCAAUUCAAGCAAUAGCAGGACACCGCUGGACGUAAACAAAAUCUAUUCUUGUAUCUAAUGGUGCAAAUGAAUAUUGGAAACAUUUGUUAUUUCAAAGAGAAGAGCUACCACAGUUUGAAUGUUUAUGUAUGCAUAAUAUUCACUACCACAGAAAACAAGGUUACCAAUACGAUCGUGUUUUGACAAUG